AUGGAAAAUGAAAUUGAUGCUGAUGAAUUAGCAGCAAUACUUGCUGAAGAUGAACAAGAACAAGAAGAAUCAAAAUCAAAAUUAUUAUUUUCUGAACAAGCAGAAACAAUGACAUCUGAACAAUUAGUUGAAUUAACAUGUUCACUUAUUGAUAAACCAAUAACAACUAAAAAAAGUUCUACAGACAAAUUUUCUAAUAUUGAUAUGAAUGAUUUAUUUGAAAAUAAAACAUCAAAGUAUGAAAAUCUACAUACGACUUGCAUGAUUCUAUUUAUAUAA